GAAGUGUAUAUAAGAAUCGUAGCUGCAGUUUUUUCCUAACACAAGAAAAAAAAGCAAUCCCAGCAACUGAAAGGUUUAAAUCUGACCUCUUGGAGGUAUUAACUCUAGAUCAAACUUGUAAGAGCUAUUAAAAUGUAGUAAAAAAGCCAUGGGAAUUUAAGAUAAUACAAAAUGCGUUUUGCCAAAGCUAGAUCAAGCCUGAGGGAAAGAAGACCUUAUGCUGGGGUGCGCUUGGUGGUUCUGCUUAGAUUCCUCCGUGUGGGGAAGUGACAUGGCUCUGUAGACAGAUCUAACAUGCAGUUUAGCAGCCAAAUUCUAUCACAGCUCUUCUGAAACAUACCUGAAAACAAUAUAUCUGAAUUUCAAAUCCAAGAUGGCUCAGAAGAGGAGCUCAAGUGGGCGGUCAUUCCCAUUGCUGCUGCUGCUGAUUGCUGUGGCCUUUGUUCAUUUAACUGUCUGUCCUUUUACAAAAGUGGAGGAGAGCUUUAACCUACAAGCUAUCCAUGAUGUGGUGUACCACCAGCUGAACUUGGAUAAGUAUGACCAUCAUGAAUUUCCUGGAGUUGUCCCAAGAACGUUCCUUGGACCAAUUUUUAUUGCUGCUCUUUCCAGCCCGGCUAUCUACAUACUUUCUGUGCUAAGAAUGUCCAAGUUUUAUUCCCAGCUGAUAGUCCGAGGAAGUUUGGGGCUCAGUGUGAUUUACACCUUAUGGAAGCUGCAGAAAGAAGUUAGAAAACAGUUUGGAGCAACUACAGCAUCAAUCUUCUGUCUCAUCACUGUUACUCAGUUUCAUUUGAUGUUUUACUGUACAAGAACCCUCCCUAACGUGUUUGCACUUCCAUUUGUGCUCCUGGCAUUGACAUUUUGGAUACAGCAAAAGCAAAGGCCAUUCAUUUGGUUCUCAGCUUUGGCGAUUAUAGUCUUCAGAUCAGAGCUCUGCAUAUUCUUAGGCCUCAUGCUCCUGGUGACGUUAUUAACUAAAAGAAUCUCCAUUUUCAAGGUGCUUUCCCAAGCUGUUCCUGCUGGAAUGUUUUGGUUGGGGCUAACAGUUGCUGUGGAUUCGCUAUUUUGGAGGCAGCUUGUGUGGCCUGAGGGGAAAGUGCUCUGGUAUAACACAGUUUUAAAUAAAAGUUCCAACUGGGGAACUUCUCCCUUCUUGUGGUAUUUCUAUUCAGCCCUGCCUCGUGCUUUGGGAUGCAGCAUAAUAUUUGUACCUUUAGGGGUAACAGAAAAGAGAACUCGGAUUUUACUUCUGCCAGCAGUGGGCUUUAUUUUCUUGUAUUCGUUUCUCCCACACAAAGAGCUGCGUUUCAUCAUCUAUACUUUCCCUGUUUUCAACAUAGUGGCUGCUAAAAUGUGCUCACGAAUUCUGAAUAACUACCGGAGAUCCUGGCUGUACAAACUUGGAUCGUUCUUUAUUAUAAUGCAUCUUCUACUUAAUGCUGCUUAUUCAGGAACGUCUUUAUAUGUUUCACAUUUCAAUUAUCCUGGAGGAGUGGCAAUUCAGAAGUUGCAUGAGUUGGUACCUUCAACAGCAGAUGUCUCUGUUCAUAUUGAUGUGGCUGCAGCGCAAACGGGAGUUUCUCGGUUUCUAGAAAUCAAUUCUGAUUGGAGGUAUGACAAAAGAGAAGAUGUUAAACCAGGAGACCAGUUGAUGUUUUCUUACACACAUAUACUGAUGGAAACAAAUCCUCUCCAAAUAUCACAUUACAAGACAACCCACAGGCCACUGGCAAAUAUACCCGGCAUCAGUAAAAUUGGGUUGAACCUUACUGCACUACCUCCUUUUACUUUAAACUUGAAACCAAAAUUAGUACUGUUGGAAAGACUUCCUCUAUCAUCUUGACUGUGAAUUUUCAAUUAUGUAUCAGGGGAACUGAUCAGGUGGGGUGGAGCCUGCUCCCUCAAGGGUGGCUGUUGUUGCCCAGGCUUCCUUGGUCUGAGCAGAUCUGGCAAAGGCAACCUGCAGAACUUGUUGGUCCAGUCUCUGGCUGCUCUUGAAAUUUGAAUCAUUCAAGUAUUAUCUAUUUGACUUGUCUUUGGAAGAAAACCUAGCUUCCUCCAGAGCCAGUUUGAACAUCAAACAAUUCAGAAGAGACAGAAGGAAGUACAUGUGCAAACAGCUGCAAAUUUGGAACCACACAAAGGAAAACUUUUGUUUGAGGAUGUAGGUAAGCCUUCAUGUUGAGGGUAAUCAUUGACUUCAUGUAACUCCCCCACACUGGAAUCCACAACUCAAGAACCCAAACUAAAAUUUAUCCUGCCUGCCCAGGUGUAUACAAAUAUCUGUGUGGUUGCUCCAGCUUUCCAAAUCCUCGGUUGUCAGAAUCCCUCUGCAGGAACUUGCUUCUAUCACCUGCAGAGAAAACCUAGGGCUACUGUGCUUGCAGAAUAGGCAUCUCAAGCUACCGUCUGAAGUGGCACUAAAUAUGUACACAAGGCAUUUGAAGAGUUUAAUCUUGCUGAAUUUCCUACUCACAUCAUAUAGAGUCCUUUCACAGACUUACUCUGGUGUGUAGGUGCUACCUGUGGCACUUCAACCAGUGAUGGUGUUCAGCUGUGGAGCUCAGGUGUACUACUUUUCACAGCCUUAUCACCCAUGGAAAUAGAAACAAUCAGCUCAAACUGGCCUUCUACUCUAUUUGUUUGGGGUAGAAAAUGAUAAAACACAUUCAAGGAGACAGGAAAAAGAUACUGGAUUGCAGUUUUGAAGAGUGUGUGAAGUUUAUUUGUGUCCUGUUACAUCUUGUCCAUAUGUGGUUAUUGAAAGUGCUUAGCUUGAAAAUCUGCAACUUUGGUUUUGUAGCUAAAUGGGCUAGAUUGUGACCCAGGCAGUACCUGUGCCUGUAAGACCUCUGUCACAGCAUGUAUCAGGCCAGAUAAUGGGAAAAGGUUCUUCACCCAAAGGGUGGCUGGGCACUGGAACAGGCUUCCCAAGGAAAGUGGUCACAGCACCAAGCCUGACAGAGUUUAAGAAGUGUUUGGACAACACUCUCAUGCACAUGGCAUGACUCUUAGACAUGUCCUGUGCAGGACCAGGAGUCGAACUUUGAUGAUCCUUGUGUGUCCUUUCCAACUCGUAUUCCUUUCUAGCUAUGAUUCUAUGGGUAACUGCCUCAGACACAGGCCAUGAAUAUUAUGGUGGCCCUCACUUGGAGUAAGCAGGGGCAGCUAGUGAACUGGGAUGAAGAUUACUGCAGUAUUUCCCUAAGGGCUGCUUGAAUAAAACAAGCAGUCCUUGGAAUAGAAACUAAAGCCAUCUCUCCUUAAAUUAAUUUUCUCAUCUCCAAGUCCUGUGUUGCCUUUCUUUAGCUCCACAAGAACAAUAGAGCUUAUUUUCUCCUUUAAUAUAAAUUAAUAUUCAGUGUACUUGCAUGGAAGAAAAAAGUGAGUUUAAGUUCCCUUAAAUACAAGAAGGCAUUUAAGGAUGUCUCCUGCUUCUUCUGCAAACUUGAAGUGGGGUAGUACAAGUUCUUCUGCAUUUGGGGGACAUAGGAGGAAGCGUCAGGUUAGAGAAUUAAUAGAGCAGGUAGGAGGACAGUGACUGAAGACUUAGAAUUUUUGAAGGGACUUUCAAGUAAGAAGUUUCUCAUGCCUGUUUGAGUUCUUGAAAGAAAAAUACCUUUUGACUUGACUGAUUACAAUAAAGUUCAGCUUUUCUUAACAAAAACAGAAAUAAGGUGAGCAUAUUGCAUUAACUGAAGGUUGAAUUAACCUGAAUAAAGCAAAAAGACAGAUAGUACAGUUAAUCUAUAAUGCUGAUAUGGAAUGAGAUUUAUUUUAGGGUGUCUUGUUUAAACUCCUCAAGGGUCAAAUGUUGUGUAGCACCAUACAUUGCUCUUUCAAGUUUGACUUAAUUUCUUGGAAGCAAUGCUUGUUCCUGUAAAAAGUCCGACAGAUUAUUUGGACAAAAAUACAUCACCAUGCCAUUUCACAUGAAGAAGGUGAAUAAUCAGUCUUACAGCCUGAGAUGUAGGACAUUUUUGUUAUAAAACUAAAUAAAAAAAUGUUGUGGGACUUGCCAGUAGAGGACAUUUCUGGAAGCUGAAAGUAAAAGCUGCUUCAAAAUAGAGGUAAACAGGUGACUCUUGCAUCAAGAACUAAAGAUCAAGGAACAACUUCCAGUUCCUACAGUCUCUAACAUCAAGAGCUCAAAAAACUCAAACUAUAUUGAUCUUAUACCUGCCCUAGGUACUUGCUAUGAGUCUCCUCUCUCAGGCUAAAUUGAGGUGAGGAGACUGGUUGUAUUGGAUCUGACAUCAAAUACAUUCAUCUGCUACCACUGAGGAAUAAAACAGAGCACAUCUCAGGUUCUAUCCUUGUUUAUCCCUCAGAACACAACCUCAAUGCAAUCUGUUUGUGCAAUGCAUUCUGAAACACUGAGCAUGCUCCUUUUUCUUGCUCCCUGGCCAUUUCACACAUCCCCUUAGUGAGAGGUUACACAUUCAGAACAAAGCUUGAGAUUGUGCUGCUGCUCCUGCAGUUACAGUUGUUCCAGGACCAUUCUUAUUUUCCUGAAUACUUCUAGUUCUUCUAAUGUUAAGGAACUUGAAAAUGGAUACGAGUUCUUAGCAUUGGUUUGCUGUGUCAAUUUCAAUGUGAGAGAGAGUGUUUCCUUUGCAUCUGACAGUGUUUUUUCAUAAGUUAUACAGAAAUUCCAGAAAUCAUAGCCUAGCGUUGCUUCCCUUUACUACAUGUACUCAGACUUACAUGCUCCCAUUCUAGCACCACCCUCAAAAAGCAUUCCUUCGUAGUAUUCAAAGGCUCCUUCUUGUACGAGUGACUUCACUUUCUGUUUGCAAGAAAAGAAGAAAAAUUUCAUCAAGCUGAGCUUAUCAUUGAUGUGAACAAGAGUGUUUAGCCACAACUAUCUCAGUGAGCUGGUUACAUAAUUAGUCUCAACUAUGCCAAAACUAAUGUUAAGAGGCUGUUAAACAGUGAGACAUUAAAUGUAUCACUACCUGCUUAACAUGUGACACCAAAGAUUAAAAGGGUAUUUGCAAAAAUUCCUUAAGCUAAAUAACAACUCUGCAAAGGUUUUCUUCAUUUCCUAUUUAUGUAUGCAGGGUUUCAAAGUAUAACUGGUCCAUUUUGUAUGCAGCUACUUAUUUUAGAUCAGCUCUUUAGAUAACCAUGAGCAACUAUGACUACAUUUUGGUUGCUCAUUUCAGAUCUUUAUGACAGAGAGGGCAGCCAAUCUUUCCUCUCAAAUUCUACAUCUUACUGUCAUGGUCAGUCUUAUUUCAGCUACAGCUGCCCUUGGUUCUGUACCAAGGCUUCAUCUGUCAGUUUGUGCCAAGUAUAAGGUAGAAAUGCUGCCUGAAAUGGAGUCCACCUUUUCUUUAAAACUGCCAAUUUAGGAAGCUGGAAGAAGGCAUUGGUUCAUAGAUUAAAUAAAGGAGUCAGGGACAGCUUAAGCAAAGAUCCAGUCCUUAGAACCCAAGUUGAUACCUGAGUCAGGGACAUCACUGUGGUUACUAUUUCUGGUUGGCAUACUCAUUUUAUGAAAUCACUUUUGGGUCAGCUUUGCAAUGAAACCAAGAAAGUAAAGGAUCUCUUUCUUGUUACUAAGAAUAAAGCAAAAGAUUAAUAUGAAAUUAAUCUUUUUUUAAAGAGUAAAAUGCUUAUUUAUAAAAUCUAAACAAUCUAAAACUAGAAAGUGUUAUUUGUUAAUUGUGUAUUUUAUAUAUAUGUGUGUGUGUGUGUGUAUUUAGUUUUCCUGUGUUUGGAGGUAAAGAAAUGAAAUUUUAAUAUGGACAGCUCUGAAUAAUGGCAGGGAAAAAAAAAAAAGCUAC